CUAGCGAAUCGAGCCAGGGGGAGCCCCAGGCAGGGCGGGCGGGGGAAGGGAACGCAGCGCCUCCCGCGGGCACAGCCAGGGGAAACCCCAGGCCAGCGCCCACCCCGUCGACCCCCACUCCUCUCGUCGCCCCACGGGCUCCGUAGCCCCAGGCCCAGCGCGUUCCCCCUCGCGCCCCCAUGGCCGCGGCCAAGGCCGAGAUGCAGCUUCUGCCCUCGCUGCAGAUGGCCGAUCCCUUCGGCUCCUUCCCGCACUCGCCGCCCACCAUGGACUCCAACUACCCCAAGCUUGAGGAGAUCAUGUUGCUCGCCGGAGCCGGCUCGCAGUUCCUCAGCCCCAGCGGCGGCACUGAGAGCGGCGCCGGAGGAGCAGGAGGCAACGGCAGCUUCAACCCCUCGGGCGAAGGCGGAGAGCAGUCUUACGAGCACCUCGCUGCAGACACUUUCCCCGACAUCUCCCUGAGCGGCGACAAGCCCUUGGCGGUGGAGACCAGCUACCCGAGCCAGACCACCCGCCUGCCGCCCAUCACGUAUACGGGUCGCUUCUCGUUGGAGCCGGCGCCCGGCAGCGGGGGCAGCACCCCUCUGUGGCCCGAGCCUCUCUUCAGCCUGGUCAGCGGCCUGGUGGGCAUGGCGACCCCGUCCGCCACCUCCGCGGCGCCGCCGUCGUCGUCCGCCUCGCCGUCCAUCCCGUCGUCGUCGUCGUCCGCCUCGCCCAGCCCGGCGCUGAGCUGCUCGGUGCAAGGCAGCGACUCGAGCCCCAUCUACUCGGCGGCGCCCACCUUCCCAGCCCCUGGCGGUGCCGACCUCUUCCCGGAGCAGCCCUUCGCCAGCCCGCCGGGGGGUUCGCUGUCGUUCCCGCCUCCAGCUUACCCGACGGGCAAGAGCACCUUUCAGCUGCCCAUCAUCCCGGACUACCUCUUCCCGCCGCCGCCGCAGCAGCAGCAGCCGGGUGGUGACCUAGGCCUGGGCUCGGCGGAGCAGAAGCCUUUCCCGAGCCCGCAGCCUUCGCUGACGCCGCUGUCCACCAUCAAAGCCUUUGCCACGCAGAGUAACGGUGGCAGCUCGGCGGCGGAGCCCAAGAGCCUCCCGGGGUCCUACCAGGCGCAGCUGGUCAAGCCGAGCCGCAUGCGCAAGUACCCCAACCGGCCCAGCAAGACCCCUCCCCACGAGCGGCCCUACGCAUGCCCCGUCGAGUCGUGCGACCGUCGCUUUUCGCGCUCCGACGAGCUGACGCGCCACAUCCGCAUCCACACGGGCCAGAAGCCCUUCCAGUGCCGCAUCUGCAUGCGCAACUUCAGCCGCAGCGACCACCUCACCACGCACAUCCGCACCCACACGGGAGAGAAGCCCUUCGCCUGCGACAUCUGCGGGCGCAAGUUCGCGCGCAGCGACGAGCGCAAGCGCCACACCAAGAUCCACCUGCGCCAGAAGGACAAGAAGGCCGCCGACAAGGGACACGCAGCUGCCGUCACGGCCGCCCCGACGGCACCUUCCGUAGCCGCCUCCCCGCUGGCGCCCUACUCUGCCUCCCCAGCCUCGUACCCAUCCCCUGCCUCUGUCACCUCUUACCCCUCGCCGGGGCCGGCCUCGUACUCUCCACCCGUGACGUCGUAUGCUUCUCCCGUGACGUCGUAUGCCUCUCCCGUGACUUCAUACGCGUCCCCCGUGACGUCUCCCUUUCCCUCCUUCCCCUCGCCUUCGGUGGCCACCAGCUACGCUUCCAUGGCCUCGUCCACCUUCCAGAGCCAGGCGGCGGCCACCCCGUUCCCAUCCCCCGGGGGCCUUGGUAGCCCCUUCGGCUCACAAGUGACUUCUGCACUUUCUGACAUGGCCUCCACUUUCUCGCCCAGGACAAUCGAGAUCUGCUGAGAAGAGAAAAGGGGGCGGGGGGGGCACACAACCACCACCAAGACUUUCGCGACGCCCACCCACCCCGUCUAGGGAGGGUGGGGUGCUGAUAACGAAUCUUCCUCCGGCACUUGGUGGAGGAACAGUGGACUCCCUCACAAGCCAACCCGGCUCCCCAGCUUUCCAGCAGCCGUGGAGUGGGGCUGGGACUUAUAUAUAUCAACUUCAACUGCCUGAAGACACAAGCUCCCGGACACCGGAAUUCCUCUCCACUUCUGUUCUGCAUGGACUAGAGAGGUCUUUUUUUUUCUUCCGCGAUGAUUUUCCCCCCAGCCCGCAAUUCAUUCCUUAGGGGGGAGCAAUGGGACUUUGGAAAAAAUCCAUGCAUAGACAAUGUAAUAUUGUAUUAUGUGCCAUGGCUUUGCUUUCCUUCUGGGUUCUUGACGUGAACAACCUCUUUGCAUAUUCAUAUUGCGUUCUUUGGAGUACGAAGGGCCAUCUCUCUCGCGCGCGCUCUUUCUUUUUUGUAUAAAUGGUAAUUUUUCGCUCUUUUCGUGACGAAGAAGCUGUACUGGGUUUUACAACUUGUUUUGGGGGGUAGGGGUGGGGGAGGAAACAAACAAAAAAAGCAGCACUUAACUAUGUAUUUGAGCAUGUCAACAGAGUGUUAUGUUCUUUGUAAAUAUCACCUAGAGGAUGAAACACUCUCGCGUGGCGAAAAGUUUUCGUUUGGUUUGAUUUGUUGUUUUUCCUUUUGAGAACAAAAAAAAACACGUCCCAAGUCUUGGUGCCUUGUUGUGAAGCCCUGCUGACGUCAUGCAACUCUGUGAUUGGAUGCUUUGCAUCUAGCCUUAAGGUGAAAAAAGGGAAAGUGGGGGGAAGGGGACUCUGAGGCUCGAAAACACACACACACACACACGAAAAAGGGGAAAGGAGCCGGGAGACAGAAUGUAAGCAAAAAAGAAAAACAAAGCAAAACAAAACCCCGAACUUCUCAAAAAGUCUAUUUUUGUUACAGAAGUGUAAAAAUUUAUAAAUAUAUUCAGCAGUUGGAAUGUUGUAGUUACCUACUGAGUAGGCGGCAAUUUUUUGUAUGUUAUGAACAUGCGGUUCAUUAUUUUUGUGGUUUUAUUUUUGACUUUGUACUUGUGUUUGUUUAAACAAAGGUGACUGUUUGGCUUAUAAACACAUUGAAUGCGCUUUACUGCCAAUGGGAUAUUUGGUGUACAAUACCCUCUGGAAAAGUCAAUAAAAAAUAUCGAGAGACCAGCA